GUGUUUAGGCGCUACGUCUCCCCUCCCCUUUCUCAGGUCCCAGCUCCGGCUCUGCGCGCUCGCUCUCAGGCUACAGCUCCCCGCGGGCGAAGCUGGGCGUCGGGUGCGAUAGCCCGGGUCGCCCCUCGGGCCGCCGCCCCGCGCCUGCCCGCGUUCCCCACCGCGCGCUCCCCACGCCCAGCCCGGAGCCUCCGCCGGGCGCCUUCCAGUCCCCUCCCCCUCCUCCUCGCGCCCUCCCCGGGGCUGCGACACCCCCGCGGCCCCGCCGCGCGGAGCUCCAGGCCAUGGGCUCGGGGCGCGUCCCCGGGCUCUGCCUGCUCCUCCUGCUGGUCCACGCGCGCGCCGCCCAGCAUAGCAAAGCUGCGCAAGAUGUAGAUGAGUGUGUGGAAGGCACGGACAAUUGCCACAUCGAUGCCAUCUGCCAGAAUACCCCACGGUCUUACAAGUGCAUCUGCAAGUCCGGCUACACGGGGGACGGGAAGCACUGCAAAGACGUGGAUGAGUGUGAACGGGAGGACAAUGCAGGCUGUGUGCACGACUGUGUCAACAUCCCUGGUAAUUACCGGUGUACCUGCUACGACGGAUUCCACCUGGCACAUGACGGACACAACUGUCUGGAUGUGGAUGAGUGUGCAGAGGGCAACGGUGGCUGCCAGCAGAGCUGUGUCAACAUGAUGGGCAGCUACGAGUGCCAUUGCAGAGAUGGCUUCUUCCUCAGUGACAACCAGCACACCUGUAUCCAGCGGCCAGAAGAAGGAAUGAACUGCAUGAACAAGAACCACGGCUGUGCCCACAUUUGCCGGGAGACUCCCAAGGGGGGCAUUGCCUGUGAAUGCCGCCCUGGCUUUGAGCUCACCAAGAACCAACGGGACUGUAAAUUGACCUGCAACUAUGGUAACGGCGGCUGCCAGCACACCUGCGAUGACACAGAGCAGGGUCCUCGGUGCGGCUGCCACGUCAAGUUUGUGCUCCACACCGACGGGAAGACAUGCAUUGAAACCUGUGCUGUCAACAAUGGAGGCUGCGACAGUAAGUGCCACGAUGCAGCGACCGGAGUCCACUGCAGCUGCCCUGUGGGGUUCAUGCUGCAGCCAGACAGAAAGACCUGCAAAGACAUAGAUGAGUGCCGCUUAAACAACGGGGGCUGUGACCACAUCUGCCGCAACACAGUGGGCAGCUUUGAGUGCAGCUGCAAGAAGGGCUACAAGCUUCUCAUCAACGAAAGGAGCUGCCAGGAUAUAGAUGAGUGCUCCUUCGACCGAACCUGUGACCACAUGUGUGUCAACACCCCAGGAAGCUUCCAGUGUCUCUGUCAUCGUGGCUACCUUCUAUAUGGUGUCACUCACUGCGGGGACGUGGACGAAUGCAGCAUCAAUAAGGGAGGCUGCCGCUUUGGCUGCAUCAACACCCCAGGCAGCUAUCAGUGUACCUGUCCAGCAGGCCAGGGCCGCCUUCACUGGAACGGGAAGGAUUGCACAGAGCCAGUGAAGUGUCAGAGCAGCCCUGGAGCCUCAAAAGCCAUGCUUAGCUGCAAUCGCUCGGGCAAGAAGGAUACUUGUGCCCUGACCUGUCCCUCCCGGGCCCGGUUCUUGCCAGAGUCAGAGAACGGCUUCACCGUGAGCUGUGGUACCCCGAGCCCUAAAGCUGCUCCAGCCCGAGUGAUCCAUUCUGGGAACAGCACCAUCUCCAGCUCCUGCCAUGAGGCUGCAGUGCUGCCAGUCAAGCAGAGAGCCUCCUUCAAGAUCAAGGAUGCCAAAUGUCGCUUGCAUCUGCGAAACAAAGGCAAAGCCGAGGAGGCCAGCAGGAUCCAGGGGCCAGGUAGUAUCCCCUGCUCUGACUGCCAGGUCACUUUCAUCCACCUUAAGUGUGACUCUUCUCGGAAGGGCAAGGGCAGGCGGGCCCGGACCCCCCCAGGCAAGGAGGUUACCCGGCUCACCCUGGAAUUAGAAGCUGAGGUCAGAGCAGAAGAAACGACAGCUGGCUGUGGGCUGCCUUGCCUCCGACAGCGGAUGGAACGAAGGCUGAAAGGGUCCCUGAAGAUGCUCAGAAAGUCUAUCAACCAAGACCGGUUCCUGCUGCGUCUGGCAGGCCUUGACUAUGAGCUAGCCCACAAGCCAGGCCUGGGAGCUGGGGACCGAGCAGAGCUGGUGGAGGUCUGCCGACCUGGGCAGCACCGAGCAGGCACCAAGUGUGUCAGCUGCCCGCAGGGAACGUAUUACCACGGCCAGACGGAGCAGUGUGUGCCAUGCCCAGCGGGCACCUUCCAGGAGAGGGAAGGGCAGCUCUCCUGCGACCUUUGCCCUGGGAGUGAUGCCCAUGGGCCUCUUGGAGCCACCAACGUCACCACGUGUGCAGGUCAGUGCCCACCUGGCCACCAUUCAGGAGAUGGGUUUAAGCCCUGCCAGCCAUGCCCACGGGGCACCUAUCAGCCUGAAGCAGGGCGAACCCUGUGCUUCCCCUGUGGCGGAGGCCUCACCACCAAGCACGAGGGGGCAGUCUCCUUCCAGGACUGCGACACCAAAGUCCAGUGCUCCCCGGGCCACUACUAUAACACUAGCAUCCAUCGCUGUAUCCGCUGUGCCGUGGGCUCCUACCAGCCAGAUUUCCGUCAGAACUUCUGCACCCGCUGCCCAGGAAAUACAAGCACUGACUUUGAUGGCUCGACCAGUGUGGCCCAGUGCAAGAAUCGGCAGUGUGGCGGGGAGCUGGGUGAGUUCACUGGCUACAUCGAGUCUCCCAACUACCCCGGCAACUAUCCGGCCGGUGUGGAGUGCGUCUGGAACAUCAACCCCCCGCCCAAGCGCAAGAUCCUCAUCGUGGUCCCUGAGAUCUUCCUGCCCUCCGAGGAUGAGUGUGGGGACGUCCUGGUCAUGAGAAAGAACUCCUCCCCAUCCUCCAUCACCACUUACGAGACCUGCCAGACCUAUGAGCGGCCCAUUGCCUUCACCGCCCGGUCCAGGAAACUCUGGAUCAACUUCAAGACCAGUGAGGCCAACAGUGCUCGAGGCUUCCAGAUUCCCUAUGUCACCUACGAUGAGGACUAUGAGCAGCUGGUGGAAGACAUAGUGCGUGAUGGCCGGCUGUAUGCUUCAGAAAACCACCAGGAGAUCCUAAAGGACAAGAAGCUUAUCAAGGCCUUCUUUGAGGUCCUGGCCCACCCUCAAAACUACUUCAAGUACACAGAGAAACACAAGGAGAUGCUGCCAAAGUCCUUCAUCAAGCUACUGCGCUCCAAAGUCUCCAGCUUCCUGAGGCCUUACAAAUAGUGCCUGUGGGCCCGAGACCCAGUUCAGAGCUCCCACCUCCCUGGCCCUCAGAGCUGGCACCCCAACCUCAGACAAGAAACUGUCUCUCUUGAAGGAGAGAUAUCACCGCACCAGGCGCUCUCCCCUUCGGCCUUUCUAGUUACCUUGUCUUCGUUCUCUCUCUCUCCUGGAAGUCAUUCAGUGCGUCUCUGUUCCCCCCAGAGGUGAAGGGAUAGACACCCUCUAUUCCUCUGCCGUUACAGCACGGUGCCUUGCAAGCCAGGAGCCAAAACACCCCCUCCACGGCCCCCGUGCUCCCCAGAGUGGCUCUUCACAGCCCAGAGUCCUGCCAAAGAAGCCUUGGACAUAGCAGCUUUGUGCCAACACCAGGCUGCUGGGGCACAGAGUUUGAGCCCGGGGUGCCCACACAGUUGGCGUUCUCAUCUGUAGAGCUUGCUCUCAUCUGGCGGGGGCUGACUCCAUAGGGUUUACAAGUGAUCCAUACCACUGGGAUAGCAAACCCCUACCAGGUAAGGGCGAGCAGCAGGCAGGGGCCCCAGACAUAUAAAGCUCUCAGAUAGCUCUGCAGGACAGAAAGCGGGUUUUAAAAAACAUUGCCCAAAACAGAAAGAAAGAAAAUGUGCCACCUAAAGGAGCUUCCUACAGAACCAGUGGAAACCAGCCUCAAACACUAACCCCCGCCCCCAGGGCCGCGCCUUCACCCCACCUAAGCGCUCCCUGGGGAAGGCCUACCCACCCCCUGGUAAGUGCUGUCCUUAAAGAAGCUGGGCUGUCGACCUUCCAAGCCUAGACCUUGCUCCACAGCGGGUGUUUUCCCUUGUAGCCCCAGGUGGCUUGUGGGUUCCACCAAAGAGGACCCCACUCUGCAGCCAGCCUGGAGCUACCUACCUCUAGCCUUGGGUUGUGGGCAGCAGGAGGAACGCGUGUGAGUGCCCUUGGCAAGCCGCCUGUCCACCCUCUCCACAUCUGAGAAGUGCAAUCAUUUUGUCUUUCUAUGUCGUCUAGAGGGAGGGGGGGUUGUUUUUUGUUUGUUUCUUUUUCCUCUCAGAAUAACCCUAUUUAUAGCUGCCUAGGAGAGAGGGGUGUGCUGGGGCUGGAGAAACAGCAGUCUGUCUGUCCCUUAAGUGCCGGAGCGGCUCAUCUGUCUCAGUUCUCCCUGAGGCCACACAGAACUUCAGAGUCCUCAGCAGCGCAGAGCUAGGGCCAUCCCUCAGAGGCGCCCCAAGCACAGGAGACUAGCCCUGGUAACUUGAUGGAGCAGGAGGAGGAGGCUUCCUGACUGAGCUGAUCCUCCCUGCCUGUGUCUCUGUGGAUUCAUGGUAACAGAAACAGAUGGACUUGGUCAGAAUCUUGUGCGAGUAGGGACAACCUGUCUUUCCCUAUCUUCAUGCUCUCCCCUGACACGGCAUGGGAGGGGAUUGGGAUAAACUCUACGGAUGGCCAGCGCAGGCUCCCAAGACAGCCAGAGAGGGCUGGAGCAGCCUGGAAUUGGACAGUUCUCCAUGUAUGAAGCUGGGGAAGGACAGGAACCAGACGUGUGCCUGAGACCAGCCACCUGCCUCUUGGAGCUGACUUCAAGCCUGAUUCAACUACUGUCUUUCAAAAGAAGAAUGGUGUCUGUGCCUGAGCCCAGGCUCUGCAUAUGCUCCACCCUUAACACAGAUGCUGCCUGUAAAGCCUCCAAUUGUUCCUUCUUGUUCCCCGAGGCCUUAGUCCUGGACAUCCACCAAUGACUCCUCAGGUCCAACUCUAGGUAACUGCCAAGAGAUUCAACUACCAAAUAGUCUGAUCCCCAUACACACCAGCCAGCAGCAGGCAAAGCUCCCUUCCUGGACACGUUAGCCAACACGGUGAGGGUGAGGGUCGGGUGGUGGUCAGAGAGCUAUUGCAAAGCUGUUGAACGGUUUCAUGCAAGAGGGGUGAAUGGGCAUUUAGUGGGUCCCCAGAAGCACCAUAGAACAGCCUGAAUCACGAGUCCUUUCUCCCUAAUAUUUUGCCAGCUCCUGGAAAGCCACAAAGUGAGAGUGCCUCCCAAUGUAUGCCUUUAGGGUGUGGCUUCUCAGCACUCCCCUACCCCCACCCCCAAUCCCCAUCUCACCAUACACGGACACUUCCUCUAAUCAUUUGUUCUAUGGCUGAUGGGGCAGCACAUGGGAUCUAUUGUACGGAGAGAGUAGGCCACUAGACUUAGCUGAUAUCAAGAUGGAUGGAGGAUAUCAAGCAAGGACUUUCUACUGCCAACCAAGUUGGCAGCAAGGAAUCCAGGCAGAGCUGUUACGAACUUACAGGGGAUACUGGCCCUGAGCGCCUCACUCUGGGAGCUGAGUGGGCUGAAGGAGGAGUAAAGAGCUCAGGGACUUUCUAGGACUGCACAGGUUAGACAAAAGAGGUUUCCAGGAGAAGGUGGGGGGAUGGGAAGAUGGUGUGACCAGGAACCCUUCGUGAGCUGACCUAGAAGCUUCUCUGUGGGCUAUGGUGCUUACGAGGUCACGUAACCCUGGCGCCUCAUCCAUCCUAGUGCAAGACCUGCCGUGAACUGAGUCCCAACGUGGGAAGCCACUUCCACACGUGCUCCAAGCACGGAGUGACGAAUGUCAAGCAGGCCCUGAUAUCCUCAGCAGCACCUCGGUGCCUCUUUAGCCUCUGCCUCUAUUUGUGUCAUUGACCCAGCCAGUCCCCAAGCCUGAGGUAAUUAGGAGAAAGCCGACCAGAGCCUGGACGUUAGCUGCCCACCCUGUGCCUUCGGUGAUCCUUUGAGGACUGCCACUGGCCUCACUACCGUCAUUUCCAUGUGGAGGUGCCGAUGGAGAAGAUGGUACAGUUUGGGCUCUGGCUCUUGGAGUCUCUUUGAAUCUGCGAAGUGUUCUCCAUGUGCGCGUCUGAGGUAACUUAAAUGGAUUAGGAAGUCAUAUCUCAGUGUGUAAGAGAAAGCUACAGCACAUUUAAGGGCCUAUAUCUGCUGCUGAGCUCCAGAGCGGGGGAGCAGAGGCCAAAUAUAACUGACCCCAAGCAGGACAUGGUGCCCCGCCUGGUUCCUUUCCUAAGCGGACUCCACGAAGGAACCCUUUCUGUCGGCCCUGUCUCAAAGCUGGUGCACUCUGUCUUUCUGCUAUUAUUCGGACUGAGAACCCGAAGGACCAGAAGCCCCAUUCUGCAAUCAGCUUACCAAGACUAAACAAUGGCAGCAGUUUGGACAAGCUCAAAACCUUGUUCUAUGUGAGUCGGACUUUCAGAGAGUAAUUAUCAUGUGGACGGCUUUUUUUUUUAACGCAAAAGAAUAUCUUAAAAUACUAUAUUUAUAUCUGCCUACCACUGCCUCUCAUACAGCAAGCAUCUCAGUUGACAAUAGGCAGCAGCAAUGUGGUACACAGAGUAUUUUGCACUUGGGGAAAAUUAUGUAUCUGAAAACUUGUAAAAAGGAAUGUUCGGAUUUUGUAUUGUCUUUUUUAUAUUAUUAAAAUACUAAAUG